AUGCCAGGUUCCGUGAAGCUUCGCAGCAUGAGGAAAUUUGGACAGGAAAAUGACGCAUAUGAAGUUUCUAAUGAAGGUGAGGGGGUCUUAGCAGGACAAAUGAAGGAGGAAGCUGCUAUUCGCAUUGGGUUCUUUCAGCUGUUUCGUUUUGCUAGUUGCCGUGAGAUCUGGAUGAUGAUUGGUGGAAGUGCGUGUGCUAUGCUGCAUGGAUCUGCCCAGCCUCUCAUGCUGAUAGUGUUUGGGUUGUUAACGGACACGUUCAUUGAGUAUGACAUUGAACUUAACGAGCUUCAGGACCCGGCGAAACAUUGCCUGAACAAUACAAUUCAAUGGCGGAACCUAACAGCAGAGGAAAACAUGAAGUUGAACAUGACCAAGCCCUGCGGGAUUUUAGAUAUAGAAUAUGAGAUGACAAAUUUUGCCUAUUAUUAUGUAGCCAUUGGAACUACUGUCUUCAUCCUGGGAUACCUACAAAUUUCCCUGUGGGUCACAUCUGCUGCCCGGCAGAUUCAGGUCAUCCGCAGACUGUACUUCAGCAAGGUCAUGAGGAUGGAGAUCGGCUGGUUUGAUGUGAACUCUGUGGGAGAGCUUAACACACGCAUGUCAGAUGAUAUCAAUAAGCUAAAUGAUGCCAUGGCGGAUCAAGUGGGGAUCUUCAUUCAGCGCUUCACCACCUUCAUAUGCGGCUUCUUUGUGGGCUUCAUGAAGGGCUGGAAGCUGACGCUGGUCAUCAUCUCUGUGUCUCCUCUCAUUGGGGUGGGAGCUGCUCUAAUGGCUUUGUUUGUGUCUAAGCUGACCGGCCGGGAGCUACAGGCCUAUGCUAAAGCAGGAGCUGUGGCAGAUGAAGUCUUGUCUUCCUUCCGAACUGUGGCAGCCUUCGGAGGAGAGAAGAAAGAGGUGCAGAGAUAUGAUCAUAACCUGAUCUCAGCUCAGCGCUGGGGCAUUCGGAAAGGUCUCAUCAUGGGAUUCUUUACUGGCUAUAUGUGGUUAAUUAUAUUCCUUUGUUAUGCACUGGCCUUUUGGUAUGGCUCCAGUUUAGUGGUUGACACACUGGAGUACAGCGCUGGCACACUGCUACAGGUGUUCUUCGGUGUGCUCAUUGCUGCUCUGAACCUGGGGCAGGCAUCUCCUUGUCUGGAGGCCUUUGCAGCAGGCAGGGGUGCUGCCGCCAACAUCUUUGAGACCAUCAAGCGUGAGCCAAAGAUAGACUGUCUCUCUGAGGCCGGCUACAAGCUGGACAGAGUGAAAGGAGAUAUAGAGUUCCACAACGUGACCUUCCACUACCCCUCUAGGCCAGAAGUGAAGAUCUUGGAUGAGCUGAAUCUGCAGGUGAAGUCGGGGGAGACCACGGCGUUUGUGGGGCCGAGUGGCACAGGGAAGAGCACAGCUGUACAGCUUAUCCAACGCUUCUACGACCCCAAAGAGGGCAUGGUCACUUUGGAUGGUCAUGAUGUUCGAGGUCUGAACAUCCAGUGGCUGCGCUCACUCAUUGGCGUUGUGGAGCAGGAGCCAGUGCUGUUCGCCACCACCAUCGCCGAGAACAUUCGCUAUGGUCGCCCUGACGUCUCCCAUGACGAUGUUGUCAAGGCCGCCAGAGAGGCAAACGCUUACAACUUUAUCAUGGACUUACCACAGAAAUUUGACACACUGGUGGGUGAGGGUGGUGGGCAAAUGAGUGGAGGCCAGAAGCAGCGCAUCGCAAUAGCUCGAGCGCUGGUGCGCAAUCCCAGAAUCCUUCUGCUGGACAUGGCUACGUCAGCUCUUGACAACGAGAGUGAAGCUGUUGUGCAAGAGGCCCUAGAUAAGGUCCGAAAGGGUCGUACCACCAUUUCCAUUGCCCACCGUUUAUCGACAAUAAAGAAUGCUGACGUGAUAGUGGGAUUUGAGCACGGGCGAGCUGUGGAGCGUGGAAAACACGAAGAGCUGAUGGAAAGAAAAGGCAUCUACUACACCCUCGUCACCCUGCAGAGCCAAGGAGAUAAAGCCCUCAACAAGAAAGUCCAAGAGAUGGCAGGGGAUGCUGAUGAAGAUAAUCAUGAAGAAAGUAAGAGUCUUUCUCAGGCAGGAAGCUAUCGGGCAAGCUUCAGGGCGUCCGUUCAUCAGAGGUCUCGGUCACAAUUAUCCAACGUUAUUCCAGAAUCCACAGUAUCAAUUGCUGGUGAACUGGCUCCCAGCAAGGGUAAAGAAAAAAAGUCAGCCUUUGUUGAAGACGAGGAAGAAGAGGUGGAACCGGCUCCUUUGGCCCGUAUUCUAAAGUACAACACCCCAGAAUGGCCAUACAUGGUGUUUGGCUCUAUUGGAGCAGCUGUGAAUGGAGGAGUUAAUCCAGUCUACUCUCUUCUCUUCAGCCAGAUCCUGGCGACAUUCUCAAUGCCUGAUCCUGUUGCUCAGAGGAGGGAGAUCAACGGAAUCUGUCUGUUCUUUGUAUUGGUUGGUGGGAUCUCCUUUUUCACACAAAUGCUGCAGGCAUAUUCUUUUUCUAUGUCUGGGGAACUGCUUACUCGCAGACUGAGACGCCUUGGUUUUCAUGCAAUGCUAGGCCAGGAGGUUGGCUGGUUUGAUGACCACAGGAACAGCCCUGGUGCUCUAACCACAAGACUGGCCACAGAUGCUUCUCAAGUCCAGGGAGCCACUGGCUCACAGAUUGGAAUGAUUGUGAACUCUCUGACCAACAUUGGCGUGGCCAUCAUCAUCUCCUUCUACUUCAGCUGGAAGCUCAGCCUCGUUAUCAUAUGCUUCCUCCCCUUCCUAGCCCUCUCUGGAGGCUUCCAGGCCAAGAUGCUUACUGGCUUUGCAAAGCAGGACAAACAAGCCAUGGAAGCAGCUGGCCAGAUAUCUGGUGAAGCCCUGAACAACAUCCGCACUAUUGCUGGUCUGGGGAAGGAGCGGCACUUUGUGGAGAUGUACGAGGCCCAGCUAGAUGCCCCGUACCAUGCCGCUCUGAAGAAAGCUAAUGUGUACGGAGUCUGUUAUGGCUUUGCUCAGUGUGUCAUCUUUAUGACAAACUCUGCAUCCUAUCGGUUUGGUGGAUACUUGGUCCACCAUGAGGGUCUGCAUUUUAGUUUGGUUUUCAGGGUCAUCUCUGCCAUUGUGACCAGUGGGACAGCCCUCGGCAAGGCAUCCUCCUACACGCCUGACUAUGCCAAAGCCAAGAUCGCUGCAGCCCGGUUCUUCCAGCUGCUCGACCGUGUUCCCAAAAUCAGUGUCUACAGUGAUCAAGGGGAUAAAUGGGAUGAUUUUAAAGGAGAGAUUGAGUUUAAAGACUGUAAGUUCACCUACCCAAGCCGGCCAGAUAUCCAGGUUUUGAAUGGGCUUACUGUGAGUGUGAAGCCUGGUCAAACUCUCGCCUUUGUGGGCAGCAGUGGCUGUGGAAAGAGUACCAGCGUUCAGCUGCUCGAGAGGUUUUAUGACCCAGACUUUGGAAGAGUGCUAAUCGAUGGCCAUAAUUCUUCUUGCAUCAAUGUUCCAUUUCUGCGAUCCAAGAUUGGGAUUGUUUCCCAGGAGCCAGUACUGUUCGACUGUAGCAUUGCAGAGAACAUCCGCUAUGGAAACAACCAGAAGGAGCUCAGCAUGAAUGAUGUCAUCUCUGCAGCUAAGAAGGCCCAACUCCAUGACUUUGUCAUGUCACUUCCUGAGAAGUAUGACACGAAUGUAGGCUCCCAGGGUUCCCAGCUCUCACGUGGCCAGAAACAGCGCAUCGCCAUUGCCAGGGCAAUCAUCCGUGACCCCAAAAUACUCUUGCUGGAUGAGGCUACAUCAGCGCUGGACACAGAGAGUGAGAAGACUGUGCAAGCGGCAUUAGAUAGAGCAAGGGAAGGUCGCACCUGUAUCGUUAUAGCCCAUCGGCUCUCCACCAUCCAGAACUCCAACAUCAUAGCAGUGAUGUCACGAGGUCAUGUGAUUGAGAAAGGCACCCACGAUCAGCUCAUGGCACUACAAGGAGCUUAUUACAAGUUGGUCACAACUGGAGCACCACUUAGCUAACAACCUGCCUUGGAACCAGCUACCGUUUAAAUGUUUUAUAUUAAUUACAAAUAUGUAAAAUUGGCGAAAUUGAUUGUUUUAAAAUCAGAAAGCAUAACUUAACAGACUAAAAUCUUAAAGAUUUAAAGUCCUAAAAUUUUUUUCUAAAUGAAUUUCUUGAGUAUAAUGAGUACUGAAUGUAUAUUUCCUAUCCUUUUUGUUCACACAUUGUACAGUUUGCGGUUAUUAAAGGUUUGAUUUUAACAUAUACACCAUCA